AUGAAAGGAAGCAGAAACGAGCUCAUACUACAAAAAUUGACCUACUUUUCCAUUAUCCAUCGUCAUAAGGACAAGAAGGUGAGUAAGAGUAUACGUGUGGGAAUGCAACGACAUGACGAAAUAGCACGUGUUUACAAGAGACGUGAGGCAGAAAAAAUAAUGACAAUGUCGACAACUGGUUCUCCACUUUUGCCGUAUGCCAUGUCGCAUGAUUUCGAUUUGCCUCUCUCGAGUAAAUCGUCUAUAAAAGGCAGGCGUAGAUGGGAGAUCGGAGGUUCGAAUCAGCUGUGA